ACAGUAUUCUUUGUCUCACAUUCACACGCUUUUGCUUCAUGGUGAGCAGCAACUACGGGACUCGCCUGGCCUGAACAACACAACCGAGUCUCUCCUGCCCCCCCCCCUCUCCAAUGCAGCACACCACUACCCUGCUCGGUAGCGCUGUCGCUCCCAGUCCAUCUGUCCCGAGGUGCAGACCCAGUCACCAACCCUCAACACGCCGUCGAGCAGCCGCUUCUACUCCAAACCUGGUGAUGGAGGACUCGCACAGCACCUCUAGCGGACGCAGGCCAUCGCCGCGCUCCGCGGGAGCGUCGAACCGCCCAAUGAAGAGUGAGAAUAUCCUGGAGCUGGUGCGCUUCUUUCAGACGCAAGACGCGCCAUUACAGGGAUCUCGUUUAGACGGCGGCAGCGCUCUGGAUAUCUUCAAGGCUGGUCGGCGACGCUUGCUCCAGCUUGCCCAGUCGAAGAGCGAUAGACGACUUAAACGCGAGGGCGCAGCAACUCCAACGCCCUCCGAGAAGACAGACAAUGCCUAUCGCCAACUAGUCGCCCUGCAACGAGCGGGCUUCCUACCUACUUCGUCCGUCGAUCAAGUUGACCGGCAGUCGUUGGAUAUGGCUCGUUCUCGGUCGAAGCGCGAUGUCGAAGCGAUUGGUCAGCCAUGGCUCGAAGACGAGAGAGCGAAGAAGACAGCAGGAAAUAACCGCGACCAGACCUCUGUAGACCUUUCAAUAGACGACCUACCGUCGCUCGUGGAGUUUUCGCUAUCGUUCGAGGACCUGGCCGGGCCGCCGCCCUACCAGCCAGCCGAGCCCAGCCAGGACGAUCACAAACGUGAAACGGCGGAGAUGCCUGCUGGACUGCCUGAUUUGGCCGCCGUUGAAGGUGGACAACAGGCCAGUUCCCCUGAGGGCAGAGCAGACGAGCAACGGCGUGUCGAUAGCGCCGCCGAAACCGCCCAUCACGGAGCCCCGUCUGCCCCUGGCGCUGAGGAAACGGCUGCUAAGCUCCGGCAUGACAGCAGUGAAGUUGAUGGACAUGACGCAGGAGAAAAGAAUGCGCAGAAUUCGAAUCUGAACCAGCAUCUUCAGGAUGCCCAGACGACUGUUCGUCUGAAGUCGCCCGAUCCCCUGAGCGCUCGAGCUUCACGAACGCUGUUCCCAGACAUUCUGCCUCCGCGCGUGUCCAGCAGGAGAAGUGCAACUCCAAGCUCCAUCCUCGCUAGUUCCGGUGCGAUUCCAUCGAGUCGACAGCUUGGAAGCGCCCUGUCGAUCUUCCCUCCGGCCUGCUCGUCCUCAGUGAAUGAGGCUGAAGCUCACGGCAAUCCCGCUGCCGUGAAGAACGACAUCAACAUCAGCAUCGACAGCUUCCCGCUCCCUGAUGGAUCGAAUUUGUCAACCACAAUGCAGUCGAUAAUGUCUGGGGCUCCUGCACCCGUACGAGCCUCUAGUGUUUCGCGCGACCCCUUUGUCAGUUCUCCAUUGCGAGCCUCGUUCCAUGCUGCGAUCGACGGUGCACCUCCGCCAGCUCCCACCAGGCCUCUGCCAUCGCUUCCAGAACCGGUUGUCGCUCAAUGCGCGGGAUCUGAGCGAAAAAGCACGGUCUCCAAGCGACGAUUCCGCCCCUCGAGUACUUCAUAUCCAGAUCCUUCCCCCGACCAGGGGCAAUUCAAUCAUGAUCGGGACGGCCCGCCCGCCGCUUACUCUCCCCGCCACCGCCGCGUCCUCGUUCCACGGUCUCCGAAGACUGCCAGAAUGAGAAGCUAUACGGCGGAGAGCACCUCAACUGCCGGAGAGGGAGACGCUCCGAACGUGGAUCCCCAGAUGGAGCAUAUCCGUCGCCGCGAGGAGAGGGUGCGGGCGCUGCGGAUGCGCGAUAUCUCGCGGAUUCGCAGUCACUCGAAGGCGGGGAUGAAGUCGGAGCCCGAAGAAGAGAAACACUAUGAAGAGUCCCCGGUGCUGGGCCAGUCGACCUUCCCUAACCACAUCCCACCUAAACCCAGCGACGGAGACACUGCUAGCAAGCAAGAUGCGUCGAGCAAAGAGGAUACAUCCGGCAAGGAAGACACGUCCAGCAAACCGGAGAACACCCUGAGACCGGAGAAUGACAGACAGCGUCUUAUUUGCAGGAGCCCUAUUCCCGAAAAUCCUCAUCCUCCUCCAACAAUGCCCCUCCCGGCUGACCCUCCAGUUGCUUUCCUCUAUCGAGCGGGCAGCCAGAGGCGGACGGACUCGACGACUUCGCUCCCUUUGUCUACUACCGGUAGCACUGGCGAGACAUCUGUCGCGCCGAGUUCACCUCGCCACAAGCAUACUUCCCACGCCAGCAGUGUUAGUAGGAGCAACAGCGCAAGGCGUUCACACAGGCUCUCCCUGGAUUCAAUCGUCAUCGAAGACGACCGCCAGUCACGCAGACGCUCUGAGUCGCCGUCCUUGCCGUCGUCCGACGAUGAGGCCUAUGGAACACGAGUCCGCCCUGGCCGCUCCCGUGAAGAGCAUAGUGACAGCCGGAAGUCGAAGAGGAUUCCUCGUCCGAAGAGCAUCGUGGUGACGGAUUCCGACUCCAGCUCCUACAGGCGUAAAUCAUCGUCUGCUGACCAGGGAAAUCCUCCCACCCCCAAGUUCCGGGGGCCAUAUGCCCCUGAACAGUCUUCGCCUCGAUCGCAAUAUUCGCAACGGACCACCAAUUCGCAGGAGUCCCGCGCUAGUCAAUUGCAUGGCGCUCCUCAGGCUCUGGAGGCGAGGAUUGCACUGCUCGAACGCCAGAACAAGAUGCUCCAAGCCGCCCUGCUUGCCGCACUUGAUACUGGUGUGACCUUUGACUCGGACUGUGUGCGCAGUGGGCUCCCAACUCCUCUCCUCUCACCUGCUGGAGUUACCUCCCCGUUCAUGGGGACGGGCUUCCCACCGACGCCUGGUCUGAAUGGUUUGGGACUGGACGAUGUGUCUCAUUCUCCUCAUCACCCUGCGCCGCCAAGGACGAUACAGAAACAGAGCCAGGACCACCGCCCCGACAGCUGGGCCAGUUCUCGUGACAGAGAUCGCCGCAGCAGUUUUGAGACAACCCCCUCAGACGACGGCACUGACAGCGUCAAGGAACUGGAGGCGAUGCUAGGUGAAUUCGACUUGGCCCGUCCCGCCGGUGCUGCACAGAGAGCGCAGUAAUCGGUCUCAUUUUCUGACUCCAUGGCACAACGAGAAAGACGAACCACUCCGCAUACGACAGAGAUACAAACGUCUAUUCUAUCCACAUUCCAUCUCAGCGGAAAUACG